AUGAAAGUAGUUCUCCAAAGAGAUAGUUUACAGACGCCUUGGGGCUUUAGGCUACAGGGUGGUGCUGAUUUUCGAAUACCAUUCACCAUUAUCGCCGGAUCACCUGCUGAAGGUUUUCUACAUCGUGGAGAUGUUAUACUGGAAAUUGAUGGUCAAAGCACACAAAAUAUGCAGCACACAGAAGCACUUGAACUCGUUAAAAGAGCUGGUGCUACUACGACGUUUCUUGUUCAAAGAGGACCUACUCCAAGUCCUCUUUAUCAGCAACGGAAUCGACCGAUGUCUGCAUUACCAUUUCUAUCUCAAAUGAAUUCAAAUUGGGGAGAUAUGCCAAGUAUCCUUUCACCACUGCAUCAGGAAUCUAGUCCAUUGAGUCCAAUGGGAUUUUUUCGUAACAGAUUCUUUGAAAGGGUACCUAAUCCAAAACCAUUAUUAAGUCAGACUGGUAGUCCAUUGAUGCCAGGUCCCGUACCGUCUGUUUCAACAAAAACACGCGGUAGUGUACCACCACCAUCAUUUCAUACUGAAAGACAGAAUAUAUUCAAUACAAGCCAAGUGUUACCAUAUGAAAGUUCCUAUUCACCCUCUUUACCUUAUACGCUGACACAAAACUCUAAUGCGAAUACACGUCAACAGUAUCAAAAUAAUUAUAGUCGUCAAUCAACGAGCACAAUAACAAACCGAUCAUCAUAUCAACAACGUCAACAACAAAACAAUGAUACUGUAUAUCAACCGCCGUGGCGAGACUCACUCAAUGAGUCUGAUGUUUACGUACCAUCCUAUCAGAAACAAGUGCCCACAACUCCAAAUAUACGACGACAGUAUACCACUGUAUCGUCAUCAAGGCCUCAUAGUCAUAGUGUGUUGGAAAACAGUCAUGUGGUUCAUAGACAAUUUAAUUCACCACUUUCACUUUAUUCUCAAAAUAAUGUACAAGAUGUUAUUAAUCGUGUCAGUAAAAUUAGUCCUCCCGAUCGUUACGCAACUGAUCUUUAA